AGAACUUGCAGACAGGACUAUCAGGGCGACAUUUUUUCAGUUGUAAAUACAGUAGUGGAGUCAUUGUGACAGGACAUUCAACAUGUAGGAAGUUCCUGUUUUAAGUCAUGUACAAAACUGACUUUCACUUUCAGAGAUUUCCACUUCUGCAGAGACAGACUGAAGAAUCAAAGACUGCAGUCUCUACAUCAUCAGCAAGUGAAGAUGAAUCCAGUGGAGGAUGAUGAGAACUACUAUGGCCUUUGUCUUAGAUCAGCAGUAGAGAAUGACGAGACAGCCAGCUCUAUGACCUCUUUUCCUGAUCUCCAGAUUUCCAGCUCUAUGACCUCUUUUCCUGAUCUCCAGAUUUCCAGCUCUAUGACCUCUUUUCCUGAUCUCCAGAUUUCCAGCUCUUUUGAACAAGUUUUUCGAUGGUCCCGCGAUGUUCUUGAGGCCUUUGACAAGAUCCCAGAUUUUAGCCCUGAACAAGCUGAAGACUUGAGCUUGGUGUUUGGGUUCCCACUGGGUAGCCAACCGGUGUGUGUCAGGAAAUGCCUGGAGGCCUUCAAUAAUAUACCAGAAAAUCAAAAUCAGUUGCGAAGUCUGACCAAACAGCUGAAGAGAUUGGGCAGAGCAGAUGUGGUGAAAGCUAUGCACCUACAGAGAGGAGCCCUCUGCUGGCUGGGUCCAGUUUUACCAGAAGAGAUGCCGAUACGGGACAUUGUUCCUUCUCUGUGGGUGCCGCUAACAGCAGCGCUCAGUGCCCCUCAUUCACACGACUGGAAGUGGCUGGCGAGGAAGGUAGACCUUCCACCUCUAUACAUUAGCUCGUGGCAACAGAAAAAAAAUCCAGCAGAUGAGGUGCUCACAUACUGGAAGGUGAGGAACGACGCUACCAUUGGACGGCUGUUUGAUCUACUUCUAGAACAUCAGAAAGACCUGGCAGCCAUGUUAUGACAGCCAUUGUGUAAGCAUGGACUACUUGACUAUAUGCAUGUUGUAAAUUAGGGCAAUAAAACAAGAUAGAUAUA